AUGGCCUUCUGGGGUCACAGCUCAGCUGAAAGGUCUGAGCUCAGGAGAAAUGACAUUGCCCUGAUCAAGCUGUCUGAAACUGUGACCCUGAGUGACAGUAUUCAGGGUUAUAUCCCUCCUGCUGGCUCCGUCCUGCCCAACAAUUACCCCUGCUAUGUUUCAGGCUGGGGUAGACUCUGGACUGGAGGACCCCUUCCUGAUAAGCUGCAGCAGGCUCUGAUGCCCAUUGUGGAUCAUGCCACCUGCUCCAGGUCUGACUGGUGGGGUUCAACCGUUAAGGAAAUCAUGGUCUGCUCUGGUGGAGAUGGCAUUGUUGCUGCCUGCCAGGGUGACUCUUGUGUCCCCCUGAACUGCAAGAACUCUAGAGACAUAUGGGAGGUGCACAGUAUUGCCAGCUUUGUAUCUGGUUAUAGCUGUAACACUGAGAAGAGGCCAACUGUAUUCUCCUGUGUGUCUGCAUUCAAUGACUGGAUCUACCAGGUCAUGCUGAACAAUUAAGAUGGAC